CAUCCAACCUUCACACGUAGCACCAUUCGCUCCUCCUACUCACCUUCCUAGCCUUUUGAAGAAGAAAAAAAACCACUCUUUAGCCAGGUCUUUCUUAACAUCCUUUAUUUUUAGUCAUGGCCAGAAACUUGACACACCAGCAGGAUCCAUUUUCUCCCGAACCCCUCAACCCGUUUGAGGGCAGCGACGAGGACACCUCUGCGUCCUACUCGGACGAAUCGCCAAACUACGAAAGCAGAGACUCACGGACCAACCUUCUAGAGCGUGACGGGCCUGAAAUCCAGAACAACAAUAUACUCUCGCCUCCUGGGUUUGACCGCUACCCGACGGUUGCACUUCUCUCAGCUGGGCCAUCCUCGUCGUCGCUCGCCUCGAGCUACCUCCACCCGAAUAAAAAGUACAGCUACGCGAACUACUCGUCGGGUCAAGGUAGCCGCUUGGGCUCGAGCAACGUCUCGACCGAUUCCCGCUCCGACUCCACCCACUUCCAAGAAGAUGUGGAUUUCCUGCCAUUCGGGGGGUUUCCGGCUUCUCUGUUCCCUUUGCACAUCGAUGAGAAGGAGGACGAUGAUUACUUGCAUAACCCCGACCCAAUUGCGGAUGCGGAGUACGAAAAUAACCGGUUCAAGUACGACAUGAAGCAUUUGGACCGUCGGUCCGGAAUGGGCCUCGCGGGGAUUAUCCUCUUGGCCUUGGGGAUGUUGACGGUGUUUGUGGUGUAUCCGAUCUUGACCUACUCGGGCGUGACAAGCCCAGGGCAUGUGACACCUUACGAAGUGCUCACCCUGUAUGAAUAUCCAACUUUGUCUGCCGUCAGGACCAGCCUUGUGGACCCAGACACUCCUGCGGAGUACAAGACGAGAACGUCGCGCGAGGGAGAAGAAUGGCAAUUGGUGUUUUCAGAUGAAUUCAAUGCUGAGGGACGUACCUUCUACGAGGGCGACGACCAGUUUUGGUAUGCUCCAGAUUUCAAUUACGCCGCGACCAAGGAUUUGGAAUGGUAUGACCCAGACGCCGUCACCACCGCCAACGGGACGGUACAGCUCCGCAUGGAUGCAUUCAAAAACCACGACUUGUACUACCGCUCCGGGAUGCUCCAUUCGUGGAACAAGAUGUGCUUUACGCAGGGGAUCAUGGAGGUUUCGAUCAGAUUGCCGAACUUUGGUAACGUCACGGGAUUAUGGCCCGGUGCGUGGUCCAUGGGGAACCUCGGGCGUCCGGGGUACAUGGCAACCACCGAAGGGGUCUGGCCAUACACCUACGAAGCCUGCGACGCGGGUAUCACCGCCAACCAAUCGUCUCCGGACGGGAUUUCCUACUUGCCAGGGCAGAAAUUGAACUCUUGCACGUGCAAGGGCAGCGACCACCCGAACAGGGGCGUGGGCAGAGGGGCCCCGGAGAUUGAUAUCAUCGAAGGGGAGGUGGACACUACUUUGGGUGUCGGUGUGGCGUCGCAGUCGAUGCAGAUCGCCCCGAUGGAUAUCUGGUACAUUCCAGAUUAUAACUUUGUCGAGGUGCGCAAUGCUUCCGUUACGUGCAUGAACUCCUACUGUGGUGGGCCGUUCCAGCAGGCGGUGUCGGCUGUAUCCACCUUGAAUACCUCGUGGUAUGAGAUGGGUGACACCGAGCACAACUUCCAGAACUAUGCGUACGAGUACUUGAAUGACAACAACGAUGGGUACGUGACGUGGUACGUGGGGGACGACGAGACGUUCACCGUCAAGGCGUACGCGUUGGCGCCAAACGGAAACGUCGACUGGCGCCGAAUCUCCAAGGAGCCAAUGUCGAUGAUCUUGAACUUGGGUAUUUCCAACAACUGGGCAUAUAUCGAUUGGGCCGCCAUUGACUUUCCCGUGACGAUGGAGAUUGACUACGUCAGAAUCUACCAGCCAGCCGGGAACAUCUCCUUGACCUGUGACCCAGAGGACUAUCCGACGUACGACUACAUCCAGGACCAUCUCAAUGCGUACGAAGAUUACAAUAUCACCUCGUGGGAGGACGCCGGGUAUUCGUUCCCGAAGAAUAGGCUCACCGGGUGCUAAACCAGGAUUGAAAAAGAGGCUUUUCACUGCAUUAUGGGUAUACAUAAAUCCUAUAGUUUUGCAUUUAUUUUAUGUAGGCGUGGCGAUAUAGACACCCUUAGAUUUAACGGUCAAGAAAUUAUACUUAUUUUCCAUCCGAAUAGGCUAUGAAGUCAUAUCCGUUAUAAUGCUUUUACCAAACCUUUGAUUUACUGCCAUUUUCACCUCUUCAUAGCCCUUGUACACAAACCUAGAGGACGGACAGAAUAGAUUUUCGGGUUAAUUUUCUCAACCUGUAAUUAGAAUGAAUAGUUAA